GUGGUCAACGCAAUGGUCGAGAGGGAUGCGCUGCAUGCAAAGACACGGACGCCAAAGGUGGUCACCUUGUGCAAGAUGCUGGUGGACGCAUUUACCACGCACUCCACGAAGAGCGAGGGUACGGUCAUCCUGCUGUCUGGCCCACAAAGUCGUUGA